GAAGCAGCCAGCAAAAUAAUGAACACGGCAGAGCCUCUGUUCAUCACCCGGUCGGAAGCGUUUAAAUUUGCCGUAGGAGACACCAUCACACUUCCCUGCGAAGUUUCAUCCCCCGGAUCGUACGUGCUAGCGUGGAAACGAGGCAUCGCCAUUUUGACUGCCGGAACGGUCAAAGUGACACCGGAUCCCCGGGUUCGACUGGUCAAUGGGUACACCCUACAGAUUCUGGACGCCACCUCCCAGGACGCCGGAGACUACAUCUGUCAGAUUGCGACCAUGAGCCCCAGGGAGAUCACGCACCACGUGGAAAUUCUCGUCCCACCGAAGAUAACGCACGUGACCUCCGGCGGCCAUUUGCAGGUGCGGAAGGGUUCUCCAGUAAGGUUGGAGUGCUCGGCCACCGGUAAUCCGAUGCCAAACAUCACCUGGACUCGGAAAAACAAUCUCCUUCCGAAUGGCGAGGAGCAGUACACUUCGUCGGUUUACGUAAUCGAGAACAUGGACCGGCACAAGGGCGGCACCUACAUCUGCACGGCCAACAAUGGCGUCGGCCAGGUGGCAACCAGCCAGAUCAUCCUACACGUGCUGUAUCCUCCGGAGAUCAGCGUGGAAAAUCCCAUUGUUUAUUCCGGCGAAGGUCAGGAAGCGAUGCUUGUGUGCAUCGUUCACGGAGAAUCACAACCGGAAGUACUGUGGCACAAGGACACGAUGCAGAUCGAUCAGACGGAGCGGCACGUGAUCGAAAAUCGAGGGGCACGUCAUACCCUCAUCAUCCGGAAGGUUCAUCCGCAGGAUUUCGGAAAUUACAGCUGCAUAGCGGACAAUCAGCUGGGCAAGACGAGAAAAACGGUUACCUUGACUGGGAAACCGAAAGCUGCUGUGUUUCGAUCCAUGCCCAAUAGCCAAUGGAAGGAUCGGUACAACAUUUCCUGGAUCGUGGAUUCACACUCGCCCAUUGAGGAGUACAAACUUUACUACCGAUUGGUGGAUGGAGAUGUACUGGCAGGACACGAGGGUCUCUAUAUGGAUGCCAUCAACCGGAAGACCCAUCACACCUACAUGGGAACGAAUAUGCUGGAAUACGACCGGAAGAUCCCUGCCAUGGAUGCGUACUCGUUCAAUGGCGGAGGCGGAGGCGGAAGUGGCAUCGUCGGGAUGGGAAGCGGAAGCUACGGGGGUCACAACAUGCAUCACAAGUGGUCCCGGACGGACUGGCGAGAUGUGGUGCUGCCGGCCUUUCCCUACUCGCAUCACUACACUCAGGGCAUGAGCUACCUGCUGCGGGGGCUGGAACCGGAUCAGCAGUACGAGGCCCGGGUACAAUCGAGAAACCGGUACGGGUGGAGCGAUUUCUCCGAAAGCUUUCUUUUCACCACGUCAAACACAGAUACCGAAAUCCGGGACCUGAGCGUGACCCACCGGGGUGGUAAUUCCAACUCUGGCCCCACCCUGGCCCGGCAGCACCACUGGAGCGUCACCCUGUCGGUGGUAUCCCUCCUGGUAACCCUAUCGAUCCUGAGGCGCACCUUUUGAAGGUGAUUGAAUCCGGUGAUAUAAACAACUGGACAGGUGGGGGGACUGACCCGGGUAUGAAUAAAACUAUAAAAGGAGGGAAAAAAUUCAAAAAAAAAACAUUGCCACCGGUAGUAAAAUGAUGUUGAAAAAAAAAAUCACACAAAUCCAAACGGCACUGCGGGUUGCUUGCUGCUUGCUGGGUCAAAGGCAAACAAAUGAAAGAGCGAGAGAGAGCGAUGUGAGCGCGAAAAGAGAACAUUCGAAAUCCCAGGCUGUCCGAAACCCGUGUUGAUUAAGCUUUAAUUGCAUUUGGUGUGUCCCCUCAUUCCGUAGUCUGUUUGUUCCGGAUUCGAUUAAAUCAUUCACACGAACCUCUUAAAAAUGGCACAGACGCGCACACACAGACAGACAUACACAGACAGGCAGGUAGAUAAAAGCGGCACACAUACACAUACUUGCGUAUGUUUGGGUUAAUUGCAAAAUAACCCGGCGCGUCCCAAUCGGUUGAUUGAUUUUGACGCCUUGCGAAAUUUAAAGUGCAUUUUUGCGGUUUAUUUUUGUGAGUUUUAUUUCAGUCGUGAGAGAGUAGGAUGUGUCGAAUACACACUGUUUUCGAAUUCCAAAACGACUACUUGUAAUAUGAAAUAAUCGUAUUAGGCAAAAAUCAACGUGUGAUUUUUUUUUCUAAUUUUUCGUGUAAAAAUUUUGUGCUAAAAUUUAAAAUAUUAUUUUCUUUGGUUUUUUUCUCAAUAUUUUCUUUCCAAGCUAUCAAAAUUCAUUUUCGAUACUUGCAGUCUAUAAAAAAAGUACCCUGGCUUUAACUCCGCUCAAGAUCGCGAAGUGAUUAGAUUAGAAUGAAAAAAGUUUCAACUUCCCAAACAAGAACGUUUCUUCUUAUAAAAUAAUCUAGCAACACUGUUAAAAAUCCGAAAACUGAUCAAAAAUAUUUUAAAAAUGUUUUUUAUAAAAAUUGCUUACUUUAGAGUAUAAAGAUGUUCAGACAAACUGGUUUUCGUUAAAUUUUCAAUUUUUAGAAAAAGUAUGUUUAUCUAUCAUUGUGUAGAGCAGCGAUGCCAGGUUGAUUUGUCAAGAGCAGCAUGAUGAAAAAAUCAGGAUUUUCAGGGCAACUCAAAUCGUGCUUAAAUUGCAUUAAUAAAGGUGAAAAACAGAUACUCAAGACGUAUUAAUUUUUGCACUGAGGCGCUAGAUUCUGCUCGCCUCGCCUGAAUCGGCCUGCAGUUUAUAAGGAAAAACAUCAUCUCGAUAUCGUCUGAACUGAACAUUUUUAGCGGUUUAACUAUUUUAGUACAGAUUUCUUCGAUAUUCCGAUAAUUUUAUUACAUAUAAAAUUACAGUCUAGAUCAAGAUUCCAAAAUUUUUUGAAGAACGUAUCCUGGCCAGACAAUCCUGGCUAUUUUAUCAAAAAACCUAGAAAAAUCCGGGCAUUUGAUUUCAAAAUUGUCGACUAAAAUCCUGGCAACAUCCGGACAAAUUUGGUCAACACAUAGGAAAUACUCAUCAAAAAUUAAGGAAAAAAGGGGGAAAAAAUAUGUUUUUCAAAAUUUAUCAGCAGGUUUUAUUUUUAGGCUCUCAAACACCUUUCAUGACUAUUUUUUUGAAACUUGUUCAAAAGGUUUCGUUUUGGCCGCAUAAAUAAAGAAAAAUUCAAAACAAUUUGUUUUUUUUUUACGUUUAAUUCGACAAUUAGAAUGAGAAUAAUUCCGAGCAAGAUUUUCAAUGAAAUCCGGAAAACCGGGCCGAACAGAAAUUUUCCAAAAUUUUAUAUUAAAUAUCCGGGCAAAACCGGAUGAAACCGGGCAAUCUGGCAAUCUUAGUUUAGAUAUUUUUUGAAAAUGUGUUCAAUUCACUUCAUUUAAAGAGCUUUUUUUAAAAAAAAAAAUCAGGACAAAUAAGGACAAUAUAAAAAUUCACGACAGUCUUUCGAAAAAAAGGUCAAAUCUUGAUUUAUCAGGGCACAUGGCGCCUCUAGAGUGGGGUCUCCAGAUUAGGGGUGCCAGGUGGACUUGUCAAAAAUCAGGACACCGAGAAGAAAAAAAUCAGAAUUUCUAAAGACACUUUUUGAAUGAUGGAAAUAAUCUGCUUAAAUUGCAUAAAUAAAGGCAAAUUCACUGUUUACUGUAAACGCUUUAUUUUAUGUAACAGAAUUGAGCAGCUCUUUGACUGGUCUGCACUUUUAAUCUGAUACUCCGUUUAUUUUAUAACAAAUUUAUUCGAUGUUCUGAUCAAUCAUCUACGAAUUUGGUAGUUUUGAUCCUUUUUUGAGAACCAGUGCAAUUCAGGUCAUUUUGAAAACCAUUUUUAAAAAUCAGGGCGGUCUCUCGAAAUCAGGACAAAUCCUUGAAAACCAGAACGCUUGGCACCUCUGCUCCUGAAGCACUGGUUAAAAACAGUUUUUUAAGUUAUUUUUUCCAAAUCCAAUGCAUCUCGUGACUGAAAAUUUUUAUUUACCAUAUGAAAUCGUAUGCAAAAGACAUAAAAAAAAAUCAGUGUGUUUUAACAUAUCAAGCCUCUAAAGCAGAGAUUCCAAGUCGUUUUGUCAAAAAUCAGGACAAUAUGAGAAGCACAAAUUCUGCUUAAAUUGCAUACAUAAAGGCGAAAUACUGGUACUAAAAAAUCACCAUUUCAAUAUAAUCUGAACCGAAGAUUAAUAUCGGUUUAACUAUUGUUUUACAGAAUAGUGCGAUACCCUGAUAAAUUAACUAUAAAUUUAAUAGCAUUUAGGAUAUUUUUUGAAAAUAAGGACAAUUUAGUAUAUUGAAAAAGUUUUUUCAAGCAAUCAGGACAAAUCAGGACAAUUUUAAAAAUCAAGACGGUCUUUCAAAAAUCAGGACAAAUUCUGAUUCAUCAGGGGACACCUGGCGCCUCUGCUCUAAAGUCAAUAACAUUAUCGUCAGAAAAAUGAUACCAUUGUGCCGGGAUGCCAUGUCGUUUUGUCAAAAAUCGGGACAGCAUGAGGAAAACAACAGGGUUUUCAGGACACCACAAGCUCUGUUUAAAUUGCAUGCAUAAAGGCGAAAUACUGAUACUGAAACGCCUUAAUUUAUGUACUGAGGCGAGCAGAAUCUUGUGUUGCCGGCAUCACCAUUUCAAUAUCAUCUGAACCGAACAAUAUUAUCUGUUUAACUAUUCUGUUAUAGAUUCGUUCGAUAUCCUGUUAAUUUAACUGUAAAUUCGAUUACAGUUAAGAUAUUUUUUGAGAAUCAGGACAAUUCAGUACAUUGAAAAACCUUUUUCUAAAAAUCAGGACUAAUCAGGCCGAUUUUAAAAAUCAGGAUGGCAUUUCGAAAAUCAGGACAAAUCCUGAUUUAUCCGAACACCUGGCACUUCUGGCAUUGUACUAGUUUUUUGACAGUGUUGCUAGAUUCUUUCGAUGGAUAAAAUCUUCUCUGUUUUCGUCGCAACAGUUUUUUUUUAAAUUCCAAUUGCUUUGCGGUUUGGAGAAAAGUUGUAGUCAGAGAGUUUUCCAAUUAGCUUGAUAAAUUGCAAUUUCAGCAUGAAAAGACCGCAUUGUAAAAAAAAACUGAAAAUCAAUUUCCUCCGAACAAAAUUCUACAUUUAUUUUUCAGAUAAAAAAAAUUAAACAUUUUUUUCCAAACAGAAAACUUUCUAUGCUUCAAGCAAGCGUUUUGAAAUUCGAAAACAGUGUAAAGUUGACACACCUUAGUGUGAGAUGUAUUCAGUUUGUAGCCAAUAGAGUUGAAGGGAAAAUAAAUUCCAACCUGAAGGGACAGAAUGAGAUAAAGCAGGAGAAAAUUUGAAACGCUACUAAAUGGUGGGAAAGAAAACGUUAAGCAACCAAAAAGACUAUUUUUGAUAUGAUGGUGAUGGGAAAAAUAUUGAUUUAAUACAAACAACCCGGGGGCGAAAGCGAACGUGGUAAAUUAAAUUAAAACAAGAAAAACUUAAAUGCAUGUAUUAUACAUUCGAUAUAUUUGUGCGCGUACGAGUAUGUGUGAAGCGGGUGGCGUUUUCCGUUGAUAAGCAUCACUUAUUUUUUAAUUAAAUCGAAAUUGCCGAACUGGUGCGUGAAAAUCGUUUCCCUCACCGAAAAGAGUGGGUUCCUCAAUUUGCGGUAUUUAUUCAUUUUCGAUGAUUAAUUUAAUGUUUCGUGAAAUGAUGCAAUAACCUUUACCAACUCCAAAAGGGUGUGUCUUUCAUAUCGGAAAAAAUUCGAAAGUAAAAAAAAACACUAAAUCAGAUCAAUUUCCAACCGUUAAGGGAUGUGUGCGGUCUCCGUGAUUGGUUUGCAUUUACGACGACAAUCCGGACACCACAUUAUCACAACCGGAAAAUGGGCGACCCAUCAACUGCCUUCUGACUGACCGACCCAUAUCGGCACAUAACUUUCAAGAGUGCAUCUCGUGCCGUUCAUAAAUAAACCUCCCACAUUCAUUCAGUACGCCACGGCGUGGCGGUCGCUGCGCUGCGUGUGUGCAUCGAUUAAAUCGAAUGGCCAUUUAUGGAACUGUAAUUAGACGUGUCCAAUUUCGGCGAAAGUGCAAACCAAUUAUAAAUGGACUAUGAAUUUAUGGAAAUUUUCAAUAAUCGAGUGAGACACCCACCGAUCAACAGGCGGCGGCGGCGGCGCGAAAACAUUUGAGCCGGGCAACCAAUUCAUUAUUGCUAGAGCUUUUGAGCUCUGAUUGGUAUUCAUCGGAUGUCGGGUUGAAGUGCAGUUGUUGAUUGUUGAUUACAGAUAUCGAAACAAUUUAGUUGAAGCGAAUUCAAUUGAGAUCAAAUUGAAUUUUUUCAAAGGAAUUGUUGAGUCUCAGAUUUAUGACUUGAAAACUUAAAAAAAAGAUUUGAAUGGUAAUGUUAAAAAUGUACACAGUAAACGGAAAUUACCGAGUUCGGUUGUUAUUUUACCGAAUUCCUAACAUGUGGAGUUGGUUAAUCUGUUUGGUAAUUUUUUCAUGGCUGAGUCGGCUAUUUUCUUCUCCUCAACAAAACCUUAUUUGGAGUAGCUCUGAGACUUUCAAAGUAUUCAGACAAACAAUUUUCUACAAUUUGGGUGCCUCUGAAGUGAAGAUGCGCCCAAAACUCUCCGUAGUGAACAACUUACGAAGUCGACGCCCGCCUCGGUAAAAUAUCGCACGACUGAAGCAACCUGAGGUCGCAGCAGACUACGCGCAAUCGCCCGAAUCAGCGCUCCCGUUAGAGGGCGAGCUAGACGAAGCCCCUCUCGAGGACUAUUGGGAUAUCAUCAAGAUAACCAUCAACAGCGCUGCGGAGAACGUCAUCGGGCAUGUGCAACGAACACGACGGAACGACUGGUUCGACGAGGAGUGUAGGAGGGUGAUGGACGAAGAAAACGCCGCGCGGGCGGCAGUAGUGCAAAGAGGCACCCGUCGAAAUGUGGAAAAUCACCAAUAGCGGAAGAGGCAGCGAGUCCGAAUUUUCCAAGAGAAAAAGCGCCGCCUGGAGGAGGAGGAGCUCGAGGAGCUGGAGUAGCUGCAUGGUGCUCAAGAAACACGAAAGUUCUAUCAGAAACUUAACGCAUCCCGCUAAGGCUUCGUGCCGAGAGCCGAAAUGUGCCGGGACAAGGACGGAGGCAUCCUGACGGACAAUCGUGAGGUUUUAAAAAGGUGGAAGCAGCCCUUCAAUGAACAGCUGAACGGCGUACAUGCAGAAGACCAAAACAGUGGGGGAAGCUACAUCGCCGGCGUAGCCAACCACGAAGAGGAUCCAUUCCCAACGAUGAAGAAGGCAUCGCAGCUCAACUUAUCAAAAUGUGCCCGAACAAGCGGUGCCUAAACCGGUUGAUGGUGCGGAUCUGGGACACAGAACAGCUACCGGAUGAGUGGAAGGAUGGGGUAAUAUGCCCCAUCUACAAGAAGGGCGACAAAUUGGACUGUGAGAACUACCGAGCGAUCACUGUCCUCGAUGCCGCUUACAAAGUGUUGUCACGAAUCCUACUCGGCUGCCUAGCGCCACAAGCAAACAGAUUCGUGGGAAGUCAUCAGGGUGGCUUCAUGGAGAGACGAUUCACGCCGGACCAGAUCUUCAUACUUCGGCAAAUCCUCCAAAAAUGCCGUGAAUAUCAAGUCCCUACGCACCAUCUAAUCAUCGACUUCAAAGCCUCAUACGACACGAUCAACCGAAACGAGUUAUGGAAAACCUUGAACGAGAACGGAUUUUCCGGGAAGCUGAUCAGACUUAUCGAGGCGACGAUGGAUGGAACGCAGUGCUGUGUGCGGAUUUCGGGUGAAUUGUCGAGUUCAUCCGAAUCACGCAGAGGGCUUCGACAAAGUGAUAGUCCACCCUACAUGAUAUUCAACGUGGCGCAAGCAGAUGUUAUUCGACGAGUGGUGGGCGAAAUGCGGGGCACGAUUUUCAACAGAUCCAGUCAACUUCUCUGCUCUGCCGACGAAAUUGAUAUGGUCGGCAGAUCAUCUGCAGCGGUAGAAGAGAUAUACCGCAAACUGAAACGCGAAGCAGGAAUGAUUGGAUUGAAGAUUAACCGAACCAGCUUGUCCAGUAAUAACAAGGUCACGAUCGACGGCGACGAGCUGGAGAUAGUCGAAGACUUUUUCCAUGUCGGCUCACUGGUGACCGCAGACAAUGUCAUCAGUCGUGAGAUCCGGAGGCGAAUUAUCAGCGGAAGUCAUGCCUACUAUAGACUCCACAAGCAACUGCGGUCUAGAAAACUUAGUCCCCGCACAAAAUGAAACCUGUACACAACGCUCAUUAAACCGAUUCUCCUCUACGGGCACGAAACGUGGAUAUUGGUCGAGGAGGACCUGCGCACUCUCGGAGUAUUCGAGCGACGAGUGUUAUGAACCAUCUUUGACGACGUGCAGGAGAACGGACUGUAGAGGCGAAUGAUGAAUCACGAGCUCGUGCGACUCUACGGCGAACCCAGUAUCCAGGAGGUGGUGAAGGCUGGACGGAUACGCUAGGCAGGACAUGUUACAGUAAUGCCGGAAGGUCCUCCAAAACAGGUGUUCGUUGCCAAUCCGGUAGGAAUGUGACGAGUAGGGGCGCAACAAGCGAGGUGGUUAGACAAAGUGGAGCGUGAUCUGGCGAAUGUGGGAUGCCCGAGAAAUCGGAGGACGGUUGCCAUGAACCGAGUGAAUUGGAGAAAUAUGUUCAUCAGGAUAUGACGUGAGACGGAACACUGUCGUUUUGUUGAACUGUUUUAAAGCUUUGGCGAAAGACCAGGUUAUUGAGAAAACCGUAUCCGCCUCUAUCAGAAACAUGAUAGGGUCGACACGUUCACAAGAAACGCUGCUCAGGGACAGAACAUACUCAGCGACUUAACUUUAGGAUUAACUUCAUCUUCCAUAUCGCACCUACUCACAGUUAAUACGGUGGAAGUAUAUUUCGGUCCCCAUGCACGACAUUGAGUCUUUUCUAUGAAGACACCUUGGGAUAACAGGAACAUAAGGAGUCUCAGAAAAAAGGACUCCACCUGGAACUCCCCCCAGAACGAUCCGGAGGCAAAUAAACUACGCAUAGAUUGAGUUUUCGAUUACCGAGAUCAAAGCGGGUCCAAAGAAACUUCAGAUCGUCCCAGGAAACGUCUUCGAUAAGCAACGCUGGGAGUACGGAUCUAAUGGCAAGUAACACUCCACCACCAGCAGAUUUUUUUUGCAUUUGAGGGAGCUACGAUCACAGCGACACACUGCAUAAUCUGGAGAGGGUACGGUCAGAAAUCCAUAGAGGAAGAAGUAGCGCGCAGGUAAUCGAGCAGGCAGAAAUUUACACCACCGAAGUUCUGGUAGAAAAUGCUGUUGGAGUGGGCCGUUUCAGAUGCAUUACCGAAACGAAGAUCGCUGAGAAGGCAGAUUCCAUCACGCGGAGAAGCACUGUCUAAGAUAUCAUACUUGCCUGAUAGUGCAAGCUGGAGAACCCCUUCGCCACAGACGAGCUCAAGGCCGGGAUGAUUAUUGACCCUGGCAGGGCUCCCUAGUUCCUAAUGCGUUACGUCCCGGUACUUAAGGCCCAAUAAAAACACUGGAUUUGCGAGAUCAGGAGUGUUUAGCUGGAUGCAUCUGUCGAAAAGCGGAAAUUGACUACGCGAAGAAGAUGUUCUCGCCGUAACAGGGUACUUGCCUGUAGAUAUGAUCUGAAGAACCCCAUCGCCUCCAACGAACUCAGGACCAGGACUGAUGACGAAGGGCUCCAGGGUCACCCAAGGGCUCAGAUAGAUGCUUUCUGGAGUCAAAAUCCGAGAAGCGGUUUAGGUACUUCACUUGUAGACGAGAUGUGUUGGUAGUCUUCGUAGGAUCUGCAGUUAGGUGAAAAUUCAUCACACAACGAGAAUGUUCUGGGGGAAAAUGAAUAUUUAUCUUGAUGACUAGGUUGGAGGACCCCUUCGCCACAGACGAACGAAGGGCCGGGACGACUGUUGACGCUGGCAGGAAACAGCGUGACUGAGUCGAGAGGCUUUGAGGCCUCCAAAGUGCCAAGUUCGGUGCGCCCCAGUGGAGGUACCCUGUUAGAUGAUCCUCCAACAGCAGAAAAACCGUCAAGAAAUAAAUUUGCAGAGAGGUGGGGUCUCAUCGUCGUUGUCAGUUGGAAUGAGAACCAUGUGACAUCAACCUUCAAACCUCUAAGAGCGUUGUGUGUGCUUGUCCAAACAGAGUAAUCGGUUUUUGGACCGGUGCGGUCGAUCAAGUCGUCAGCAGCAAAUACUUCGGCCGUUAAAACUCCGACAGGGAGUACAGAUAAACAUAAGCUUACUCUGUGUAAACAGCUCCCUGUUGAGCCGGAUGUUAAAUUCACAACACUGCUGGCUUAUGUUUAAGAAAUUCCAUUACUAAUGGACCAUUAUAAUCUACAACCUAGUGGAUCUAAGUCAUUGAUCAUAAAUUGGCACUCUCCACAGUGCUUUUUACCCUUAAUGUUGGCCAUUAUGUCAAUCGAACAAAUUUCAAUAGGUUCCACACAAAUAUUAAGUUUUUCUAGUACUGUAUCCACGUUCAACGAACAACCGUACUUUUUCGAGCCAGAUAUUUUGACCUCACUAUUUCGUUGCGUGUUUCGUUGCGAUCUCAGUUCACGUAAAAGAUAAAAGACCACCGGUGGCAGAGUGUUGAUUGCCGUUUAGUCAAAUCUUACAGCGUUGCGAAGACAGUUCCUGGAGUGAUCUGGAACUUGUGUUGAUCCACAUUGAUCUUGGUGACCGUAAACGUACUGUACGUACGUACUGUAUCUGCCUCCUGACCACACGAGAGAUGUUGCCCUAGUUGAGUCUUUUUCGCACUGCUUAUGUAAAGUUUGUUCUCUCUGUGCACCCGAAGAUGACAUUCUAGUGAUCUGUGACUUCAUUUUGCCCGGUUUGAAGUGAUGCUCCAACCAUGGUAACUUCCUCUACCCGGAUCCAGUACGGUCAACUUUUUCGAUCGCAUCGAAUGUCAUACAAGACUCCCUGAGUACAGCUACUUUGGGGCAGAUUAACAGCAGCGUGACAAACGAAAACGGUCGUAUGUUGGAGCUCUGCUUUGCCAGCGAUGGGUCUCGUUUACCGUCCGUUGUUUGGACUCCUGCUCCGUACGUUAAAGCGGUACACCAUCAUCCUGCUUUAUUGGUCUCUCUCGAUGUCAAUAGACUUGCUCCGGCCGCAAAAUUAGCAUUAGUUAUCCUGACUUCAAGAACGCCGACUUUGACGAGAUUUCUCGCACCCUGGUUCCCAUCGACUGGGAAUCUGAGCUUGACUUAUCUGAUCUCAACGCUGCGACCAAAACCUGCUCGCUCAUCUUGAAUUCCUUCAUCGAUUAUCACGUACCAAAACACACUACUGAAAAAAAUAUACGUACUCCUUGGAUCCCGAGUGAACUACGACGACUAAAGACGGCAAAGAGAUGUGCCCUUAGAAAUAAUAACAAAUCAAGAUCCUCCUACACGAAGCACAAUUAUCGUAGACUAAAUUUAAAAAAGUCAGCAAACGUUGUUACCAAAACUUUCUGGAUCGAGUUCAGCCUGAUCUUAAGUCCAGACCAAAAUCAUUUUGGAAACAUGUUAAAAGUCAACGGAAUGAACCUGGCCUGCCAACCCAAAUGUUUCUGGAUGACAAUUCGGCGAUCUCUGAUCGUGGAGUCUGUGAUCUCUUUGCCGAAAAAAUUCUCGUCUUUUUUUUUAGUUGGUAACCACAGGUGGUAAAUCCCGGUUUACCCCCCGUUUGCUACUCUGGGUCCUUGGGUACAAUGGGAAGACUCAUGAUAUACUCCGUGUAUACCCCCUACUCCCUAAACUCCACCUGGGGCCGCAGAUCUGGUUCCCACCUCGAACUAUUUAGUACACUAUGCUUCAAUAGUGGGAGGUCUAUUCGCGCUAAUGCGCUCCAAGGCAAUACUCAUUAACGAGACCACUUUCAGCAAAACCUCUCAUCCUUACGACUCGAUGCCUGAACUCUCCUCUAACGACUUGAGAUCCGACCCCUCCUCGCAUCGACUUGAGGUUUACCUCUUCUCUGCACGAUUCAAGGCCCGAUCUACCCUCUAAUGACUUGAAAUCUGACCUCUCCUCGUAAUGACCCCAGGCUACCACUUGUACCUCCCCUCUUGUUGAUUAGAGGCCUGAUCCCUCCUCUUAAGACUCGAGACCCGACCCCUUAUCAUAAAGACUCGGGGUUGACCACACAUACCUCUCCGCCUGAAGGUUUGAGACCUGACCUGUCCUCUAACGACUCGAGGCCCGACCUCUUAUCUUCAGGGUUCGAAGUUUGCCACCUUGCCCGUUGUGCAGCUUGUCCUAGACUCGCGCCUGUCACGGCACACGCGCGGGACUUAGCGCAACGACUCGGAUGAUUCCCGACGAAGACUUCAUCCUACUCCGACUCGAAUGGCUCACCCGUCGUCGAGAGCCACUCUACCCGUGGGUAUUCCCCGAACGUGGAAUAACCCUUUCCCAACGAUUUCCACUGCGAAGAAGGUCAAGUCUUAUCCCCGCAGCUUCUGUCGUUGAGAACCGCUCUACUCGGAUACUCCCCGAAGGUGGAGCAUCCUACGCACGAGCGCGGCGCACCCACGGCAUCCACUACGCAGAAGAUGUUGCCUUAUCUUUGUAGCUUCAAACCAUGGGGUCGGACGCACUCUACUCGACAGCCCCCCGUCGAUGGGAUCAGUCUACUCCGACCGUUGUCCGGUCUUCUUUAUCCCCCUUGGCUGGCAACCCUAGGAUUUUUGGCCCGCGAAUUUUCUUGCCCGUUGUGUGCCAGAUCGAGAGCAGCUUAUCCUGGACUCGCGCCUCACGGCACACAUUCGGGACUUGGAACGCUACGACUCGGAUGUUUCCCGACGGUGACGACAUCCUACACCGACUUGAGAGGCUCGCCCGGCAUCGAGAGCCUCUCUACCAGUGGGUAUCCCCCGACAGUGGUUAACCCUCUUCCCUCAAGAUUCGCUACGAAGAAGGUAAAGUCUUAUCCCCGCAGUUUCCCUCUUAGAAAGCGGCACUACUCGGAUACCCCCCGACGUUGGGGUAUCCUACACACGUUCGCGGCGCACCCCUGACUUCCGCUACGCAGAAGAUGUUGCCUUAUUCUCGUCUAUCUAUAAGACAGCGUCGACAUCCCCUGAACAUUUAGAUAGUGCAGUCAAGACGGGGGACUCUUUCUCCUGACAAUUCUCUGCUUCUUCAAGUGUGCCUCAGGGAAGCCAUUUAGGACCGAAAAGCUUCUUAAUCAACUUCAACGAUGCGCUCUCACUCUUCGACGGCCCAAAGCUAUGCUGUGCUGACGACCCACAACUAUUUUACAACAUCAACGGCCAGGAUGAUAUUGAUUUCCUACGAAAUCAUUUUAACCUAUUCGCAAACUGUUGUGAUAUUAACUGCCUGCCUUUCAAUCGCAGUCAAUGUGCAGUCAUCAGCUUUUCAAGAAGGCGGCAGCCAUUUUCCGCUGAGAACAUCCUCGGAGAUGAGCCAUUUGCACGCGUAGAACACAUCAAUGAUCAAGUCUGGAAGCUGGAAUUCAGGACACACACAAACUACGUUGUCGGCAGAGCCUCGAGAAGUCUUUGAUUCUUAUUUCGAGUGCCCAAGGACUUCAAGGAUGUGUAUUGCCUGAAAAAUUUGUAUUGCAGUAGCGUUCGCUCUAUCCUUGAAUAUGCAUCAGCUGUUUGGUGUCCCUACUACCAGAAUGGGGCCAAACGGAUCGAGACUAUUUAGCGGCGCUUCUUGCGAUUCGCCCUUAGACACCUGCUUGGCAAGACCCGUUUAACUUGCCAAGCUACGAACAUCGAUGUCGUCUCAUAGACUCAAGCUCGCAGAAACGCAGCACGAGCUUCCUUCGUCGCCAAUCUCUUGACAUCGCGAAUUGAAGCCCCACGCUUCUAGGAGCCAUUCCUCUAAGUGUGUGACCCCGUGGACUUAGAAACAAAAAUCUUCGAUUGUAUGUUCCCAUUUGAUUGAACAAUUAUGGAGCUAAUAGCGCUAUCAUCGGUGUUAUGAAAACAUUCAACCAUUUUUCUGAGCACUACGACUUCGACUUUUCAAAGGAUGUUUUCCGUAGUAAAGUUCUAUGUGUUUUAAGAACCCUGUACUUAGACUUAGUACUGUUUCAUUUGAUCCAAUACGGGUUCCGUUGAUUUGUAAUAAAUAACGAAAUCGCAUAGAUUAACCUGGUCCAAUGUUCACCGCUUCUGAGAACCACACUGAAAAUCGAAAAUACCCAAACUUGAGAACUGCCACCCGCCAAACCUAAGUUCAAGAUUGACAACUUAAGUUUGUGAAAAAAUCACAGCUUGCCAAUAAGCCAAACUUGUCCUUCAAGCGAAGAACUGUUUUUUUGGGGGGUUUUUGUUGUAAGCGCAUCUGAUUCUGUUACCUCCAUCCUGGCAGAUUUAGGUUUGGGGGGUAAGUUCAAAGCGAAGAACUGUUUUUUUUGGGGGAUAACUUUUAUUCCCGCUUCAUUCGCAGAAAGUCUCGCAUAUACGAUGAUGUAGCUGCCUCUCUCAACAACUCUUCGGUGGUCGAGCGGUUAGCAUCCUGAGAUGGUAAUCGCAAAGCCAUUGCAGGUAUGGGGGUGAUUCCUGUACCUGGCGAUAUUUUUUUUUAUUUUGAUUUCCAUUUUAUUGUGGUAUCAGAUUUUGGGGGAUGAGUUCUCCUUUAAGAGCUUAACUUUGUGCUAUGCCACCAAUAGCCAAACCAGUAGGGAGGGAGUUUCAUUCGGGUUGGCGGGGAAAGUUCUCAAGUUUGGGUAUUUUCGAGGUUCAGUGCACGCAAAGCACACAACCAAAACAAAAACAAUCCGUAAUAAACACAGGUGUCAGUACACGAAAACUAAAGCGGGUGUUUUCGGGACGGAAGAUCGUUUUCCGGGAGAUCCUUCACUUUUCACGACUCCGCGAACUAAUAAACGUUGGUUCGGAUGGCACCAGGACAUAUUUCGGGACGAGAUUCAACGAAAAUCGUGAAAGCAAACUAGCUCACAGAAAGUAAACAUGUCAACGUGAAGAAACCUCAAAAAGCUUUGAUUAAAUGUGGCAAUAUCCCAAAGACUUUGAGUUUCUCAGUAGUAAUGCAAUCGAUUCCAGGCGCUAUGUUGGAUUUUAAAGCGACUAACUGUUGGAAAAGAUUGUAAGUUUCUAUCGAAAUACCGAAAUCUUAGAUUUUCGUAUGCCGUGGUUGAAUUGGAAGGAAUCUUUCGAUUGCUUUGAUUCAAUAAAUUGCUUUUUUUAUGUAAAAGUUGAUGAGAUUUCAAUAGAAUAUUUUAGAAAAGGGUGAGCUUGUUAAAAAAAAAUUGGAAAAUUAAAAACUUGGUAAUCAAUUAUUCGUGCUUUAACAAAUCAAUUAUUUCAAAACAAAAUUCCAAGCUUGAAACUUAAAAUUCAAAAUCCAUAUUUUUUAAUUAAAUCCAAUCUGGAUGAUGAAGGUAAGUAAUUUCUUUUCUAAAAGGUUCGGAAAUAUCGAACAAGACUUGAAAGGUGAGAGUUUAUUGCUUAUUCACCGUGUGAAAGAAAUUUUAAACAAUUUUCAGGAAUAGAUUUUUGAUUAUCACAUAAAAACGCCACCCGCUUUUGCAAUAAUUUAAGGCUGACUUUGAGUUUUUGCUCGUGUAAAUCCUCGCUAUUAGUAAAACAAAAAGUAAACAUCAUCAAGUGUUCGUCCGGAUUUCAGAAGCAAAUAUGGUAACAGAAGGAAAGGAAGCGGUAAUUUGAGAAAGAACCUCUACAAACUGUUAGUCUAUUAGACGAAUCCUAACCCUAGAACAAAAAUCAAACGUGUUAUGAAAUGUGAGUUAAAUAUUGUUAUCCCCACUUAACGCGGUCUGCUUCUUCCGGUACAGCAGCAGCAGUGUCCUGAAAAAUAUGGAAAGUUAUUUUAUUGCCGAUUAUUUACAAUGAUUUUUCCGAAUCAAAUCAUGUGACUGUGCAAAGAUAGCAAUGUAAGCGUAGAGUGACAACCAUUGGGAUUAGCUAAUUUUCUCGACAAACAAAAAGAUAAUGAAAAAAAAAUGUACCGUAACGAUAUUAUGUGUUGUUAGGGAAAUUUAGAGGAAAGAGAGAAAGUUACCAGUUGAACAAAUUGAAUUUUUAUUUAACACUUUCUAUCAGAGACAUCCAAAACAACACCUGAAAGGAAAGAUAGGUCCGAAAAUAGCAAAAACAUUAAAGAAAAAAAUAUUUUUCUCUGAUAUCAAACAAUCUACAAAACCCGGUAAACCAAAUCAUUUCAGCUAGGAUCAAAUUUUCAUGAACCACAUACACACAGAAAUAGUCUAAUAUAAAAAUAAAACUUAGUGUAUUUAUAAGUGGAUGUGAGCUAUUGCAAACCAAUGGAAGAACAUUGCAGAAACCAAAAUCUGUUUUAAAUUCAUGGAACAGAAAUGAGCAGUAAAAUUGUUCAGUUUAAAGAUGUAGAGAAACGGUAAAAAUCUUUAUAAAAAUUGAACUCUUUUUAUGACCUUAUAAAAUGAUAAAUUCUAGAGUAAAAGUACACAAACAGUAAAGACUAAAAUACGAAGAAAAAAAAACAUACAUCUUAGACGCACUUUUGUAAAUAGAAUGCAACCACCCACAUACACAAACGAAAAUCUUGCGAAAAGCUGUAUUCAUAAUGAUAAAAAUUUACUUCAGAAAACACAAAAAAUAUAUGAAUUCUUUGCAAAAACUGUGUAAUAUUUCACUCACAAAUCAGAACCCAUAAUGCAAAAUUUGCACACGCUGACUUUUAAGAGAAAAUUCUGCUAGAACUCAACAUUUUUAUCCGUUACAGAAUCUUGUCAUUUAGGUUGAUAUAAAUAAAGGCAGUCUUUGAAAAAAACAAUAAAAUAAUGUACAUUUCCUACUGUGUAAAAACAAUCAAAAAUUUAUUUUUAAAUUUUGCUCAAAAAACAAAAAAAAACAAA